AUGCCAUCUUCUCUGGGUUACCAGCCACCUUCCGCAGACCAAGAACCGGUGACAUAUGUCCAUACACUUUCAGAGGCAGGUCGCCUGCUUCCUUCAGCUAGUCGCUGGAACUCUAUAGAAAUUGACUUCAAUCUUGUUCCUCAAUCUGGAAUAGCCUAUGAUGUACUGCCUUCUGGUUACUCCAAGUCCUAUGAUCACAAUCUUGUUAUCAGAGAUAGAAAGCUCUUCAAACGUUGUCUUUACAUCUCUGCAUCAAUAGUUAUUCUUUUCCUAGCUCUAAUUUUGCUGCUACGGUUUUUGCCUCACAAACAUCAUCACCAUGGUCCUUCAAAGAAUCUUACACUUGCAUUGAACCAAGCUCUAACCUUCUUUGAUGCUCAAAAAUCUGGGACUUACCCCCAAAAUAGUCCAGUAAAAUUUCGAGGGGAUUCAGGAUUGCAAGAUGGGAAUUCAACCGGUAACCACGUGAAUCUUGUGGGCGGUUUCUAUGAUUCCGGCAACAACAUAAAGUUCAGUUUCUCUACAGCUUAUACCAUGACCUUGUUGAGUUGGACUGUAAUUGAAUACCACCAAAAGUAUGCUGAUAUUGGUGAGCUUGACCAUGUUAAGGACAUAAUCAAAUGGGGCAGUGAUUAUUUGCUCAAAGUCUUUGUCCCUCCAAAUGCAACUUCAGAUACCACAUUGUAUUCUCAGAUUGGAAAUGCAAACAGUGAUGGCACGACUCCUAGUGAUAUAAACUGCUGGGAAAGACCUGAAGACAUGGAUUAUGUGAGACCUGUUUCAAUUUGUGAUAGCACAGCUUCCGAUUUAGCAGGGGAGAUUGUUGCAGCAUUAUCUGCUGCUUCAUUAGUAUUUAAAAGCGAUGACAGUGUAUACUCGGGAGAAUUAGUGAAAGCAGCUGGGGAGCUAUUUGAAAGUGCAACUAAGGACCCUAAUAAUCAAGGAACUUACACCAGGGAUGAAAGUUGUGGAGGACAAUCUAGAGACUUUUAUAACUCAUCUGGUUAUAAUGAUGAACUAGUUUGGGGAGGAACUUGGUUAUUUUUUGCUACUGGUGACAUUUCAUAUCUGCAAUAUGCCACGGACCUGUUUCAGGCUGCAGUUGAUAGUGAAACAAGUUCUGAUAAAUGGAUUUUCGAUUGGAACAACAAGCUUACUGCUAACAUGGUCUUGCUAACGCGUCUUCAAUUCUUUCAUGAUCUUGGCUACCCCUAUGAAGGUUCUUUAAUGACAUCGGCCAACAUGACUGGCUCCCUUAUGUGUUCUUAUGUUUCUAGUCGAAUCUUCAACAUGACACCAGGGGGAUUGGUCAUCCAAAGGCCUAAUUAUGGGGCACCUCUCCAGUUUGCUGCAACAGCGUCUUUCCUUAGUAAAUUGUACAGCGACUACCUUGAUCUCCUUCUUAGUUCUGGUGGGAGUUGCAGCACUGGUGAAUUUACCGUAGACAUGCUGCGCAAUUUCUCCUUGUCUCAGGUGAAUUACAUUCUAGGAGAUAAUCCAAUGAAUAUGAGCUACAUGGUGGGGUUUGGAGACAAGUUUCCGAGCCAAGUACACCAUAGAAGUGCAUCAAUCCCUUGGGAUGGUCAGCAUUACUUGUGUAAAGAUGGAUAUAAAUGGCGAGACUCUAAGGAUCCAAAUCCGAAUGUGCUGUUGGGAGCCAUGGUAGGAGGACCAGACGAGUUUGACAAAUUUAUAGAUGAGAGGGAUAGACAAGAGUUCACUGAGCCUAGAAUAACAAGCAAUGCUGGUUUGGUUGCAGCUCUCAUUGCACUUCAUGAUCCUCCUCAUACUAGGAAGAACAAGAAGAAAGGCCAUUAUGAUCCCACUAAAUUGGGCAUAGACCAGAUGGGGAUUUUUGAUAAGAUUCACUAA